AUGAUCAACUCCAAUAACAAUUCAGAGUCUCUGAACAAAAAGCACACAACCCUAUUUGCAGAUGAAGGGUGGACGGAUAGGGAUCAUUAUUUCAAAGUAAAGAAGAUGAAAUUGGAUGAGCAAUGGAAAGGACAACAAGCCUCUUCAUCUGCUAAUAGUACCCUCUCUUCAUCAACAUCGGAGCUCUCGAGUAGCAACAACACUACAAAAUCAUCAGCAAAAGCCUUUUUUGAAGGAUUAAUUAUGAAUAUUGAUGGAUAUACGGAACCUUCUAAUGUUGUACUCGUCGGAUUGAUAACAAAACAUGGUGGUUCGUAUCGUCAGUUUUUCGAUAGCUCGGUAACACAUUUGCUGGCAUGCGAGUUGGCUCAUUCCAGGUUGAAGGAAUUAACGAAACGGAAACAUCCUCCAAUUAUUGUUCAUCCGAGAUGGAUCAUGGAUUGUGUUAAAGCAGAAUGUUUACUCUCUGUAAAGGAUUACCUUAUUGUUGAUCAUACACGAAACACCAUUCAACACAAGGAUUUGCGUUCAUUCACAAUGGUGAAUCGAGCACAUCAUUCAACCACUGUUGGAAAACAUCAGCAACCACAGAUGAUCAGUCACACAAAUGUGAGUACUGACAAAGAAAUAACAAAUUCCAUACCCGAGAGUAGGAAAUUUCUUGCAACACAUGAAGGAGUGUCAAAUUCACCAGCACCAUCCAUACAAGAAUUCAGUCAUGCAAAUCAAUUUAAUUUUGCCCUUACUCCAACAAGUAGCAGAUCAACUGUGAAAUUUAAAAAGAAAACUCAGACCUUACAGACGACACUACCAAAUCCACAACCAUUACCAUCAAUAUCACAAGUGCAACAGAAACAGCAACCUGGCAUCCAACCUCCACCACUUCCACCACCAAAACCCUCCUAUCAGAAAUUUAUACCACCCUCACGUCCCACAGUGACCACGACAGAAAACCCUCUCCAAGAAAGUAUCAUUGCCAACAACAAGAACGUUUCCAAUAAUUUGGAAAUCAUGAGCAAAGAUGAAAAGCCUGUGAACAAAGAAUUCCUGACAAAAAGUGCUGCAAAUGAUCCAAAUUUUAUUGAUCACUACAUGAAAAACAGUCGAUUGCACUUUAUCAGCACUUGGAGAAACAAGAAAAAGCAAACAAAUCCGUCUGGAUCUAUUGCAGAGAAGAAAGGUCUCUACGUUGUUCAUAUUGAUAUGGAUUGCUUUUUUGCCUCAAUUGCCAUGAGAGAUAAUCCUUCUCUUAGAGACAAACCUAUAGCUGUGUCGUACUCCAAUGACGGAAACAGCGAUAUUUCUUCUGCUAACUAUUGUGCUAGAGAGUUUGGAGUAAGAGCAGGAAUGUGGUCUAAGCAAGCUCGUGAAUUGUGUCCUGAAUUGAUUGUUGUACCUUAUGAGUUUGAAAAGUAUGAAGAAGCUGCCUGUAAGGUACAUGGAAUUUUGAAUAAUCAUUGUGAAAGAGUGAAAAUCAUGUCCAUUGAUGAGGCAUACAUUGAAAUAUCAAACGAAUUACAGAAUGGCACCCAAGAAGAGUUGGAAAAACUUGUCUCAUCCAUUCGGUCUGAAAUUGAAAAAGAGACUGGAUGUACUGCCUCUGCAGGCAUGUCUACGAAUCAACUUUUGGCCAGAAUGGCUACUAAAGUUGCCAAACCGAAUGGUCAAUAUUUUCUUCAUCCCAAUGAUGCAGUGAAACACAUUGAAAAGUUAAAUAUUGAAGACAUUCCUACCGUUGGAUGGAAGACCAAACGGUUCUUUAACGAAAUGAACGUCUUUUCAUGUGCCCAACUUUUAAAAUAUUCAUUGACAGAAAUGAAGGGAUUAAUCGGAGAGAAAAAAGGAGAAACUUUAUUCAAUUACCUUAGAGGUAUUGAUAGGAGAGGAUUUUUUGAUGACUCCGCAAGAAAAUCUGUCGGCGUUGAGGUGAAUUAUGGAAUUCGAUUUUCAGAACUAAAGCAAGUAUACGAGUUUAUAGACAAGUUGUCUGUUGAGAUCAGCAAUCGUUUAAAAAGUGAACAAAUUAAGGGAAAGGCAAUUGUAUUGAAGGUAAAAAAACGGAGAGAGGGAAUUAUUGAAUCAAAAAAGUUCCUUGGACAUGGCAUUUGUGACAAUUUCUCAAAAUCAACUACGGUUCCCUACUUUACAGAUGAUGUAGACAUGAUUUCAAGAAAGGUUAAAGAUUUAUACAAACAAUUAGAGAUUGAACCUGAAGAUUUGAGAGGUAUAGCCAUUCAAAUUCAAAAGUUAAAUAAUUACCAACCAACAAAAGAUGGAUCAUCCACAUUAACAAAAUAUCUCAAUCAAGCCCAGACAGAAACAAUAGAAGCCCCACAAAAUGUGCCACCGGAAUUUAAUAAUCAAAACGAACAACAAUAUCAUGAUUCGAAAGAUGACAUUGAAAAGAAAAAGUCAAAAAAUUCAAAAAAAAUCAAACAUGACACCACAAACGCUCAUGCUUUCAGAAUGGAUGAAUAUUGCGAAUUAGAUAAUAUUGCAAAAGGAGGCUAUGAUCAACCCAUUUCUUUCUCGUUUAUUGAAGAAAUGCCUUGGGAUAUCAAACGUGAAAUUAUUCAUGAUCUCACAAAGCAAAAAAGAGAAAAGGAGAAGCAGGAGGCAAGACAAAAACAGCUUGCUGAGCAAAUAGAAGCAGCCAAAAGAGAGCAUGCCCCAAUCACUGUUUCUGAAGAAUCACAGAUGGCUUUAUUUUCAACACAAUCCAUUGACGAUAUUUCUUUGCUUCAAGACACCAUAUUUAAUUGGUUUCAUGAAAACCAAGACGAUUUUUACACUGACGCACAUGUUGCCAACUUGUUUGUGGAGCUUGUCAUGCAAAUUUUAAAUCAACUUGCAAAUGACAUGAAUUUACUUGCUGCUAAAAGAAUUGUGAAAUUUGUAAGAAAGUUAUUAGUGGAUAGCCAGGAAAAUCUUGAUGUUGUGGAUGAACAACGAUUAGAAAUGGCUCGCUCUGUGACGGAAACUAUUAAUUUAGCUUUUCAAAAGGAAAUUGUGGUCAAACAAUUCACCGAUUGUAUGGUACCCACUUUUUGA